AUGAUUGAUAUCGAGGAGGAGGAGGAGGAGGAGGAGGAAGAGGAGGAGGUGAGGUCUGUGCGCCAGGCCGGUGAGGAGCAGUGGUUGCCGGUAUUGGACACCGCGGAAAGUAUUGGAGCCGCCACCAUCAGCCCGGUGCUGCUGGAGCCUCUGGUGUCGCUGAACCUGGCCCGGUGUCAGGAGGUGGUCACUGUGACCCCGGGGGUCACCCAGGAGCCCGCUGUAGCCUCAGAGCCCGCCUGGCCCCCGUUUGCCAAGAACACGCAUGCCGUUGGCGUGUCCAAGCUCAGCGUGGAAACGGCUCCUCAAGAGGGUUUUGGCGUGACCGGCUCAGAGAGCGAGGAAGAGGAGGCAAUGGAGACUCCGGUGGCUGAGGAAGCCGGUGAAGACUUCGAGACGGUUGGUGUUGACGUGACCCAGGGCCCGGGCGGGCAGGCCCCGAGUGGCCUGGGGUCCGGGUUUGAAGACCAGCCCCCCGUGGCCGGGCUCCCCGAGCCGGGAGAGAGCCACGAGCCCGGCCACGAGAUGCCAGACUCCGAGGAAAAGGAAGAAGAAGAUGGUUCAAAGUCAGCGUCACCGAAAGCUGUGCCCCACGCUGCGGGCGAAGAUGGCAGAGGCGAUAGCGGCCGUGCUGAGAACAAGCCCAAGACCUCGCCGUCUGCAAAAGCCUCCAAACCUAGGCCUCUGGCCUCUGCCACCCCUAAGCGCCCGUCGGGGGCUCCUGCCCCCAGCAACAAAGCCUUUGCCCCAAAGAAACCGUCCUCCACGCCGGCUGCCACAGCGCUGAGAGAGAACGUAGAGAAGGGGGCCGAGCCCAGGAGCAGACUGAAGAGCCCUGCCUCCCACGUGCCCAGGGCAACCGCCAAGACCCCACCCAAGCCCACCCACGCCCAGAAGGUGGCCCCCGGCUCACCCGACGUCAAGAGGGCAACAGCCAGAUCGGAGCAGAGGAGGAUUCCAAAGAAUGAAAAAGGAGACUCUCCGGCCAAGGCAGGGGGCAGCGCCUGCAGUAGCCCCGGGACCCCCGGGAGCCGCUCCCGCACGCCCUCACAGCACGUCUCGGGGGGGGUGAAGGAGGUGAAGAAGGUGGUGGCUCUGGUCCGCACCCCCCCCAAGUCCCCGGGGCCGGCCAAGACUCGCACCCCCCCUGCGCCCGUCUCCAUGCCGGACCUGAAGGGCGUCAAGUCCAAGAUCGGCUCCACCGAGAAUAUCAAGCACACCCCAGGAGGAGGCAAGGUGGAAAUCCUGUCUAAAAAAGAGGAUUAUAGCAAAGUGCAGUCUCGCUGCGGCUCCAAGGACAAGAUCAAGCACAUGCCGGGGGGAGGCAACGUGCAAAUCCUGUCUAAAAAAGAGGAUUAUAGCAAAGUGCAGUCUCGCUGCGGCUCCAAGGACAAGAUCAAGCACAUGCCGGGGGGAGGCAACGUGCAAAUUUUGAGCAAGAAAAUUGACCUGAGCCACGUGGCCUCCAAGUGUGGAUCAAAGGACAACAUUCGCCACAAGCCAGGAGGAGGCAACGUGGAGAUCAAGAGCCAGAAGCUGGAGUUUAAGGAGAAAGCUCAGUCCAAGAUUGGCUCCAUGGACAACAUCACCCACACCCCUGGGGGCGGCACGAAGAAGAUCGAAACUCACAAGCUGACCUUCCGCGAGUCGGCCAAAGCCCGGACAGACCACGGCGCGGAGAUUGUGUACAAGUCGCCCUCCGCUUCCCUCGAGGGCUCGCCUCGCCGGCUCAGCAAUGUCUCCUCCACUGGCAGCGUCAACAUGGUGGAGUCCCCGCAGCUCGCAACACUCGCCGAUGAAGUCUCUGCCUCUUUGGCCAAGCAGGGCUUGUGACUGUAGUUCUGGGGCAAGCUUUCCCCCCACUUCCCCCCAUCCCCACCCCUCUUCCCCUACCCCAUUGACCUCCCCUUCCCUCCCAGCAGCUCGCAGGUGUCUAACAUGAACUGGUUUCCGGACCGAAGCUUUGCUCCGAGUCCACUCUACCUACAAACAGGGGCCGCGAUCAGACUCAGUCCGGACACAAGCCAAGGAUUUCCGAGGUUUUAUCAGUAUUUCUCAGUUUUAAAAGGGCAGCUUUGGUGAGCGCGCGCGUGUGUGUGUGUGUGUGUGCACGUGUGUGAGUGCGUGAGUGCAUGUGUGUGCAUGUGCACCUCGUGUGUGAAGCAGAAAUUCCAUAGGCUCUUUUUCAGGAGGUGUUAAUUCUAACGAAAGAGGACUUAGGGCCUUAAUUCUGCGCCGAUGGCAACCGUUAUCCCUUUGAUCGGUAGAUUGCUGUCUCCGAGCUUUGCUGCCACCGUCAGUACAAAUCGAUUUACAUUCACACAACAACAGAUUUACCUUCGCACAACAACAACAACAACAGCAGAUUUACCUUCGCGCGGCGCCUUUCAUGUCAGGGACGAUUUCUCAAAGUGGUUCCUUACACUUAAUUUGCUUCAAACUCAGUUUUGAGCGGCUGUAGCCGUCGUUCCUCCUCACUGUGGGGGACGUACGGAACGGCGCGUGUUAUACCAGAACAUCUCAAAAGAGUUUCACGGGCAUUUUACAGUCGAUUCUGAUUCGAUCCAGUUUGUGAAACGCUUUGAGAGGUGGUGUUUUUCACCUGAAGGGCGCUGUUAGGAAUGCAGUUCACUGCACGAUUGCAAUUGCUGUGAAGUGCAGUGACUGUGCAGUUGUCGGUUUGAGAGCCAAUAACAAGGAGACUGUGGGAGGAUUGGCAGAAGUUAAGUGAAUCCAAUUUAUCAAAUCCGAGGAUAAUAAUCCUGUUCUGAAAAAGUAGUCACAAUUAAAGUUUUAGCCAAAUACUGACAAUACAAUGUUAUUUUGCUCCUCUGACGCAGAGGGUUUCCCCUACGCUGUCCGACAGAAACACGUGGAUAAAAUAAUCAGCGUUUUAAAAAAAAAAUUGUGUGCGAAUUUACGUACUGUCCCUGGUAAUAGCUUUGAUGUUGAAUAAUUGAGCAGUUCGCCUCCGAAAAGCCUAUCGAAUUCCCGCUGCACAAGGGUUGUUAUGUCGUGAGAGAAAUCCUGUUGUUACUGUAAAUACUCUUUCACAUCCUCGGGAGUGAGAGA